AUGGAACUCGGUGGGAGAGAUGCAGCUUCCCAGGAAACGAAGUGGGAUUGUUCAUGAUUCCUUUCUCGUGUUUGACUUUAUGAUCUCUUCUUUGUUUUACUUCCGCAGCUUCCCAGGAAGGCUUCCCUUUUUAUUAUCCUUUCUGCGUCAUUGAUUUUUAUUUAUUUUUAUAACUUUCAAUGCAGUUCUUCUCCCAGUAGAAACCACCCGGGUAAAGUUCCAAAGAAAAUUCACAAAUCUGAGAGGGAGAAGCAGAAACGUGACCAACUAAACGAUCUCUUCUAUGAGCUGGGGAAUGCUUUAGGUCAGUUUAGGUUACCAGAUGUGGUUGAAUUCCUCUCCUCUGACUUUCUGCUCAAACCUUUUUUAAAACCUGUCCUUGAAUCCAACCAUCAAAAGAUUCAAAUGCCAUUGAGAAAUCCUGCGUUCUUAUAUUAUUGGUCUGAACCUACGUGUGUGAAGAUCCCCUCCCCCGUCCUUUAUUCUUUUUUACUCUUUUCCUCAUUUCGUAAUUUCUUAUAUAUUUUUUUCUCAAAGUGGUUUACCUUCGCCCGUUGGUUUAACAAGUCAAUGUGCUGUUGGCAGAACCAGCUCGGCAGAACAAUGGCAAGGCCUCCAUACUGAGUGAUGCUGCUCGAUUAUUACAGGAUCUGCACACCCGUGUCGAAUCUCUCAGGAGGGAAAAUGCUGCCUUAGCCGCAGAAUCUCGGCAUGUAAGUCGCUGAAACCCUUUUUUUUCUUCCUAAACUUGGCUAUUCCAUGCUCUUUCUGAGCUCGUUCAUACCGUUGAUAUCAGAUUCCAUUGAGGGAAAAAAAAAAAAAGAAGAAAAAGUCAGACCCUCCCUCCCUCGAUGCUGGCAUCAUUUGCCCAUUUGAUCCUCGUUCAUACCAGGAAACACAUACAGAGCGCAUUAUCUUUCCAGCCCUGGCCAUGAUUGACCUGCCGUUGCUCAUCCGCCAUUAAGUCCACUCUUCUGACUCUGGUUGACCUGGCGUUGGCAAGUAGAAGACUGCAGAGAAGGACGAACUGAGGGAUGAGAAGGCCGCCCUGGAAGCCGAGAUCCAAAGGCUGCAGAAUGAGCUGCAAGAGAGGUUGCAGUCCAGCUCCUCCGCCUUCAUGGCUGUGACACAGCCCGCCGCCACCUCCUCGCCGGAGCAGCAGCUGGCGGCGGCGGUGGCGCCCUCCAACUUGAGCCGGCCGCAGGCCAGAUACCCCACGCCGGCGGACUCCUGGCCAAUGCAGAUUCUCUCGCAGCAGGAACGGCGAACCUCCCCAGAAAGAGGCGGCGGCCGGCCUAAGGAGAACACGGAGGCGUCGUCUCUGUAA